GGCAAGGUAAUAUUCUGUCGCAUGUUGUGAUUCGCUUGUUUUCAUCUACUUGUUCUCAUCAUAGAAUUUGUUUUAGUUUUCUUUAAUUUUAGUAAUCGUUUUUAUUCUUUUCACUUUAUACUGCAAUAUAAAUUAUGUCAGGAGAAAGGUCCUUGCCAAAAGGUUGGAUUGUGAGGGAAUCCAAAUCCUACCCUGGUAAGGUGUAUUACUUUAAUAUUGAUACCGGAGCUUCCAUCUGGGAACACCCUGAGUUGCUUAAUUCUUCUGCGUCAAGCGAUAAUCUUGCCAGAAAUAAAAGUGAUGAGUUUUAUUUACCCGACUUCGAAUUCAAAGAUGAUCCAAGAAUUGAUUUUCUAGAGAAGCGAGUGUUUGAGCGACUUUCAAAAACUAUCAAUAUUUCUGGGAAAAAGGCAAAUAAAAAAUCUUCUGUCAUACCAACAGCGGUUGUUACUCCUGUUUUAUCAGAUAAAGAGAAGUUGACACCGAAAAUUAAUUAUCCUACACCAUCAGGUAAUUACGCUGCAUCGAAACUAGAUCCUCGUUUGCUUAGACUAAAUGUGACGCCAACUUCAAGGGGUGUAAAUUGUAUUAGUAGAAAUGCAGAGCCUAUGCGUGGAGUUUCAUUUGGAACUCCUCUAAACAGGAACUUUUCUGUUGGGGAUAUGGGAUUAUCUGAAUAUUGUGCAAAUGAUGAGCAUUCAGAUAUGUCAAGUCCUGAAUCUGAUGGGAAUCAGAUAUUUUCAGAUUCUAAUGAAAAUAUGGACCUACAAAUUUCAGAUUUUUCUAAUUCAGACUUAGAAAAAGAAAGUGACAUUGAGUUAAGUCCUGUAGGAGAGUCAUCUAAUGAAGACUUGGCCCCUGAAAUGUCUUUAAAUUCACCAAGUGAAGAUUGUCACAUUCCUACGAAAAGUAACAAAUCCAUUGAUUAUUAUUUUGUUGUUGACACUAACAUAUUACUCGGUGAUUUGCGUCUAGUUAUAAAGAUAUUUGAUUCCUCAGUUGGCAAGAACGACAUCCCGCAUCUCUUUAUCCCUUGGAUAGUAAUCCAAGAAAUCGACAGUAUUUUGAGACGUUAUUCAAAAGAGCAUAAGUUAUAUCAGAUGGCAAAGAUGUGUUCAAGGUUCAUAAAUAAUAUGGUGAGAAAAAAAGAUCCCAGGUUUCAUUGCCAAACAGUUAAAGAAGUUAAGGACUGGGCCAAAGAUUACAGUGAAUGUAAUGAUGAUCGACUCAUAGAGUGUUGUUUGAGUCUGAGCGAAAAAAUGCCUAAUGCAAAAGUUAUUUUAGUUACCAAUGACGUAAAUCUGGACACGAAAGCGCACAUUUUUGGCAUACCUAUCUUUUCAAUUAAGGAUUUGGUAUCCAAACUUAGUUUCAUACGUAACACUUCAAGAGCCAGUUUUUCACCUAAGUUUUUUAGAUCUUUUAGAGUCAAUUCUACUCCCAAGCCUUUGAAGUCAGUUGAAAAGAAAGUUUUAAUAAAUAGAAAGUGGAGUGCUGUUAGAGUAUUGCCAGGAAAAACCACUGAAAAGAAGGAAAAAUCCCAAAUAAUUUCAGAGGCCUUUUUAGAACUGAGAAAUGUCCUUCAUCCAUUUGUGAUUACUGAGUUGAAGAAAGUGCACGGUGAUGAAUGGACAUCUUUGAAUCUCAAUUUAUCUAAUAUGAAAAGUAUCCUUGGUGUCAUUGUGCAAUAUUGGGAUGGUAUUUUUGCUUCCAAUUAUUCAAGCAAAAUUCGAAGGAAUUUUAUACUGCUACAGACAAAUUUUAAAAGCUCUGAUUAUUCUCAAUUUAAAAACGAUGACUGCCUUAACACUCUGACGGCCAUCGAAGAUAUAUUUUGCGACAUCAAAAGAAAAUGUCCCAGUUUGGAUGUUAACAUUGAAAACAUCCAGGACAUGAGGGUGGCGUGCAUUCAGCAGUUUUCUAAAUGCAGCGCAGAUGCUACCUUAGAGGUAUCAAAUGUAAAUGAUACUUUGGAAGGAAAAGACGAGGAUGUUUCAUUUUGUAGUAAUGAAACAUCGGACACUGAUCUUGAUCAGAAAUCUAGGAGUGAAGCAGUUUCUCGGGUAUUUGAACAUAACUGGACUGUCAUACAUCAACUAUGCGGCAUGAUCUUGGACUUUUACGGUGUUUCACAUGACUUGGAUUAUGAGAAACCUGAAGAGAUUCCUCCAAGAUCGGAAUUUGAACGUAUGGUUAGAAAACUUCUUCCAGCCCUAGAGGAGAUAAGAGAAUUUAUGUCGAAGAUUGUUACAUCUGAUUCUACAGAAAUGGACUAUGAAAGCUUUGCAUCAGUCAUGCUCAAUUUUGUGCCAUCUUUGAACAUUGAUACUGUUAGUAUAGACACUUCAUGUUUUAAUUCCGUAUCUUUAUCUGAGUUUUGUCAGUCAACUGAAAAUUUAGAAGUUCUUAGUGGUGGUUAUAAGCAGUUAGAAGAAAUUUAUUUUUCUAAAUUAGAAAAGGCUUUAACUGCUAUGACACUAAAAAAGAAUAAUUCUAAAUAAGGAGGGAGAUUUUUUAAUUCAUUGAUAAAUAUUCAUUUUCAUUAUAGAUAUUGUAUUUUGAAUAUUAUUUUAGUCAUUCAUUUAUGAACGGUGAGCUUGUAAAAAAAAUAUUUAUAUAGAUAUAAUGAUAUAUUUAAAAUUUGUAUUCUUAAUGCUUUCUCAAUUUUGAUUUAAAAUUUUGAUCUUUGAUGUGUUCUAUGUAUUCGUACAUAACUUAAAUUGGUUAAUUAGUUAUGAAUUUAUGUUUAGAGAAAGAUAAAUUAGUUUUUUAUUUUUAAUUUUUUCUUAUUUAUUUUUUAAAUAAUAUUUUGUGAUUAAUUUGUUCUGUCAAUAAUAAUGAGAUAUUUAAUUUAAAUACUAAUAAUUGGAUUGAAUUUUAGUUUGGUUAAGUUCGAGUAAAGAUUUGUAUAAAUGUGAAUAUCAGUUUGUAUAAAUGUAAAUAUUAGUUUGUAUAAAUGUAAAUAUUAGUUUUUACAAAUGGAAAUUAGUUUUAAACUGACUGUAAAUUCUUUAGGAUUUUAAUUGUUAUUAAUUUUUUAUCUUAUUUUGACCUCAACAUUGAGUAUUGUUCUGUGUUUUUACAAUAUAUUUUUUCAUUUGUAUAAUAGACUCUCUAGCAUUUUUUUUUAAAGAUUUCACUGUGCAAUAUUUUCAUAAUAAGUUCUGUAAAUAUGAUUUCUCUUUAUUUUUAUUGUAUUUAAAGUAUUUUGAAUUGUAAGAUACUGUUUUAACAACGGCAUUUUCUGCCUGCAUAACUAUACAGUUAAUAGUAUAAAUUUUUAUGAUGCAAAAUUGUGUAUUUAAAAUUCUUUUGACAAACAAUAAAUCUGAUUCAUUUAC